CUCUUGCAGCAACUACUCUGCUAGCCUGGCAUCCUGACCCAAUCUAGUACUUCGUCUAAUGUCGAGUAGUGAGCCAGGAUCCCAGGCUACUACUCUGCUGGUUAAAAAAUUUAAAGUUGCAGUUUUAAAAAAAUGACAUCACAAAAUUAUAUGAUGGAGAGACUAGGGAGGGUAUAUUUGAUUGGAUAAGUGGUAUAUUGAUUUGGUAUAUUGCAUGCUAUAGAAAAAUCAUCCCUAGCUGACAUUUCAAUUGAAGUUUAAUUGCUGAGAUUUACAGGAUUUAAAGAUGGACCCAGAGGAGUUCAGAAAGAGAGGGAAACAGAUGAUAGAUUAUGUAGCAGACUAUCUAGAGAAUAUUCGUGAUCGUAGACCGUAUCCUGAAGUUGAACCGGGAUAUAUCAAGGAGUUACUACCAGACCAUGCUCCAAACAAACCAGAUAAAUGGGACGAUGUUUUCUCAGAUAUAGAGAGAGUUAUUAUGCCGGGGGUAACCCAUUGGCAUUCUCCACAAUUUCAUGCAUAUUUUCCAACUGGAAACUCAUACCCAGCCAUUGUAGCAGACAUAUUAUCAGAUGCUAUUGGAUGUAUAGGAUUUUCGUGGGCAUCAAGUCCUGCCUGUACAGAAUUAGAGAUGGUUGUGAUGGAUUGGCUAGGCAAGAUGUUAGAUCUGCCACAGGAUUUCCUGUUCUGUUCUGGAGGAAAAGGAGGGGGAGUAAUUCAGGGUACAGCAAGUGAAGCAACAUUGGUGGCUUUGUUGUCAGCAAGAACCAAGAUGAUCAGAAAAUUAUUAGAGACCGGAGAUUACAUAGAUCAGGGACAAAUUGUGUCAAAACUCAUAGCAUACUGCUCAGAUCAGAGUCAUUCAUCUGUUGAAAGAGCUGGUUUGAUUGGUUGUGUGAAGAUGAGAGAAAUACCAGCAGACGACAAAGGUGCAAUGAGAGGCAACAACCUAAAACUAGCCAUUGAAAAAGAUAAAUCUAAAGGUCUUAUUCCUUUCUUUGUUUGUGCUACCUUAGGAACUACACCAUCAUGUGCCUUUGACAAUAUUUUAGAAGUAGGUCCUUUAUGUAAAGAUGAAGAUAUUUGGAUGCAUAUAGAUGCUGCUUAUGCAGGAAGUUCGUUUAUUUGUCCAGAAUUCAGGCCAAUGUUAAAUGGUAUAGAGUAUGCCAUGUCAUUUAACUUCAAUCCACAUAAAUGGUUAAUGGUCAACUUUGAUUGUUCAGCUAUGUGGGUAAAAGACAGCCAGUUAGUUAGUGAUGCAUUUAAUGUAGAUCCACUGUAUUUAAAACAUGAUCACCAAGGAAAAAUUCCUGAUUACAGGCACUGGCACAUACCAUUAGGAAGAAGAUUUAGGUCUUUAAAGCUAUGGUUUGUCUUGAGAUUGUUUGGUCAGGAAGGGCUUCAGGAAAACAUUAGAAAGGAUGUACGAUUGGCCCAUGAGUUUGAAGAUCUGGUGAAGACAGACCAUAAUUUUGAAAUUAUAGGAGAAGUUAAAAUGGGUCUUGUUUGCUUCAGAUUAAAGGGCAAAAAUGAUAGAAAUGAAAUGCUGCUGAAGUCAAUCAAUGAAGAUGGAAGAAUUCAUUUAGUUCCUUCAAAGUUUAGAGAUACUUAUUUUCUACGAUUUGCUGUUUGUGCUUCUAGAACUACAUCUGAUGAUGUUAAGUUUGCUUGGAAAGUUAUUCAAGAAUUGUCAAGAAAGUAUCUGUCUGAUAGUGGUAAUGGGAACAUUCAAAUCAAAAAUUCAUAAGAGAAAACUCCAAAUGUAUAAGUAGUUAAAAUGUCACAAUAUUCAUUAUAAUGCAAGGCAUAGACAAUUUGUAGGGAAUCGGGUACAUUAAUAAAAUGCUGUAGACAACUAUAUUUUUUCCAAGAUUUUCCCCUUAUGUUCUUAAGAACUCGAUAAAGUGUAAAAAAAACUUACAAAGGUAAUUGUUUUGUCUUAAAGAUCAACCACUCAAUAUUUAAUAAAUGAUAACAAUAAUAUUUGAAAUUGAUUUACAUGUAAUAUGAUUUAGGACCACAAGUUAUAAAGUUUUAUGUUACUUUUUAGACUCUUGCCCACCAAACAUACACAAUGGAAUAUAUUUUCAAAAUGUAGUAAAUUUAAAGACAAGUUUUUCAACUGCAUGAUACAGAAAUAUAGAAAAGAUUAUUUAUGAAUUGAACAUUUAUUUUUUCCAGCGUUGAGGCAAAAGGUUCAGUUUAUCCAGAAUUAUGCCACCUUUGAAAUUUUGACCCUUUUCAGCACCAAUUUUUUCAAUGCAAUUACUCUUACAUGGUUUAUCGCAUCUACAUGAAGCUGUGUACAUUGAUAGAUCUCGAAUUUUACAGGUGUAUGCAAGAAGAAUUUUCCGGUCCAUUGAGUGUUAUGCCCCUUUCAGCUUAGAAACUUUGACAGAACUAAUCUCAUCAUUGCAACUCCUCCUACAUGGUUUAUCAACAUGAAACUUACUGCAUUGUUAGUCCCAAUAUACAGAUGUGCAUGUGUGUAGGAUGUUCAGGUGCAUUGAGUUUUUUUUAGUUAUGCCCCUUUUAUUUAGACAUUUUGGCUGAACAGACCAUACCCUCCUACAUUGUGUAUCACAUCUACAGUAAACUGUACAUUAUUAGAUCUAAUGCCCUUUCACCUUAGAAAUGUUUACCCUUUUCAGCACCAACCUUGUCAUAGCAACUUUUUCUAUUUGGUUUAUCCCAUCUUCAUGAAACUUUGUACAUUAUUAGAUCCUACUAUGAAGAUUUGCAUGUGGGUAGGAUUUUCAGGUCCAUGGAGUAUUUGUUAGUUAUGCCCCUUAAUAAUUUUUAAAGUAAAGUCUAAUGUUUGUGUUAUUUUUAUACGCCUGUCAAAAUUUUGACGGGACGUAUUAUGGUAUACAAAUGUCGUCUGUCUGUCUAUCCGUCUGGCGUAAACAUGUCGCACCGUAACUUGAGAACGACUUAUCCAAAUUUCAUGAAACUUAACAUAGUUGUUCCUUAUGAUGGUCAAACGAUCUGUAUACUUUUUGGUGAAAAUAAGAUUAAAACUUUUUGAGUUAUGGGACUUAGUACCUAAAACAGGUGUGUGUUUUUUUCACAUGUCGCGCCGUAUCUCAAAAAAAUUUUAUGAUUAUUGCUUAAAACUUUACACACUUCUUAGUUAUAUUAAUCUUAAGAUCUGUAUACUUUUUGGUGAUGAUUCAAAAUUUUAUUUUUGAGUUAUUGAGUAUUUUGUAAAAAAAGGGGGAGGGGUUUUUCACAUGUCGCGGCGUAUCUCAAAAAAAAAUUAUGAUUAUUGCUUAAAAUUUUACACUCUUCUUAGUUAUAUUAAUCUAAAGAUCUGUAUACUUUUUGGUUUUCAUUCAAAAUU